CAUUAUUGUAUGUCUUUCUUCUCUUCCAGAUAUGGCUGACACUGUGUGCCCACCAGAUUUCUACAGUUUGUCAACAACCAGUCAACUGGACAACUCCUCUUGGAUUACCAGUUGUGCAGCCCUAUCACAAAAUUGCUUCCAUGCAGCGUUGGGGUGUCUCACAUAGCAAUCUGUCUUCGACUUUUGAAAAGCCAAACUCUGUGAAACAGAAGAAUGCGUUUCCUCCCAACUUCGUCCAUUCUUUAGACUCUACCCACAUGUUGCUGACAGCCCUGCACUGUAUCAGGUCAGGAAUAACAUACGUAUCUGUUCAUGAUUGUUUUUGGACUCAUGCUGCAAGUGUUGAAAUAAUGAAUCAGAUAUGCCGUGAACAGUUUGUAGCACUGCACAAUGAACCAAUUCUAGAAGACCUCUCAAAACAUCUCAUUGACACCUACUGUUCCAAUGUAAGGAAACAACAGAUACGUCAAGAAGACUUUGAUCAUCUCCUUUCUAUUUUCAGUAACGUCCCUCACAAAGGAGAAUUCCAACUUGAGAAAAUUCUGCAAUCUACUUAUUUCUUCAGCUGAACAUGGAAUUUUAAAGAUAGAUUCCUUAAACUGUUUUCUUCUAUGAAUAUUGGAAAUGGUAGAAGAUACUUGUUUUCUGCUGACAACCACUAAUCAAAAGCUCUGUGCUUAUGCACUCACUCACUCACUCACUCUCUCUCUCUCUCUCUCUCUCUCUCACACACACACACACUGAUGUUUCUAUUUUGUAAAAAAAUUAAAUUUUUUCCAUUAUUUGGACUGCUGUGAUAUUUGAUAAAAUAUAUGAGAUACUAAUUAGAAUUAAAAAAACAGAUUCUUUUAUGGGAAUAAAAGAACAAAAAUUUUCAGUCUGGCUGUGAAUAAUAUUGUGGAAAAAAACAUAUUUUUGUGUUGAUGGGUGGAAGGUAGGGUAUAAAAGAGAUAAGGUUUGGGAGGGGUGCUGUAAUGAAAUGAAAGAAGUUAGAUCCAGGAGAGAAAAAAAUUAUCUGUUUGUGAUAUAAUUUCAGCAUGGUAUGAUUCUUAAACAAAUACGUGUGUGUGUGUGUAUGUUGCCAGUGCAUUAAGUUUCUUGUACAGGUGCUAUUUGGUAUUACAGCAGAGCAUGUACUUUUGUAUGCGUGUGUGUGCAUAUGCACAUGUAAACAAGCAUACAUAUACUCAUAUAUCACAGGUCUGCUAGUUCAGAACUGACCUUAUGAUAUCAAAAAACAUUCUGCCACAUUAGCCAAAACAGGGACUCUUUGCAGACUUUUACUCUGCUUGAAAUAAUAACCAAAUCUCAUUAAUAUUGUGCUCUGCUGCCUCGAAAAUUGACAUAUACAUUGACUAAUGUGUCCUUAUAAAUAGUAGACUCAGUGUGUCUAAAAAGAUGGGAUAAUUGUGGCUGGAAGUUUGUCAUCAAAGAUUUGCUUGCUUACAGCAAUGAGAAUGAUGACAUUGAUAAUGUGGAGAAUUUUCUGCCCUUGUAGGCAAAAUUAUGAAAAUAUUUUUUCUAUAUUUUAAACUUUAGAUUGGUCUCAGGCUGAAAUAAUGAGUUUAAAAAAAAAAGAGAAUUUUAAAAAAUGAAUAAAGGCAAUAUCUAGUUACUUUUUUAUUUAAAAAUUUUCUUUGAGUCAGGGAAAAGUACUGCAUUAAAUUCAGUGUCCAAUAUACACAUGUGCAUGCACAAAAUGAACCAGUGUGUGUGUUUGUGUGUAUAGAAACUGAAAAUCUCAUUAAAUUAGACAGCAGUGUAACUGAGACUAUGAACAGUCAGUACAUAUAUGGUCUUUCAUAGGAAAAAGACUAUGAAAAAAUAAGAUUUCAGAGAAAAAGUACAAGAAAAGAAGUGAAAUUUUCCAGUUUCAAUAAACAUGAUAAACUCUACAUUA